CGAAACAUAAAAACCAACGUAAUAUCGAAAAAACAGUUCCAUUUCGUAUCUGGGUUUUUAUAAAAAGUCUGCCUUUUUUUUCUUUCUUUGUAAAAAAACCAUACUUUCCAUGGCUGCCAUUGCUGGAUCAAACGCUGUCGUUUCCAAAUCCACCGGAAUUUCCAGCUCAUUCUGUGAUCGGAAAGCCCCGCAUUUUCAGCAGUGGUCUCCCAUUUCGGGUGGCCGAUCACGCCGUCACUCCAUUGCUCUUCAAUGCAAAUCCAAGAGCUUGUCUGGUGUCGUGAAAGCUCAGGUUGCAACUCUUGAACAAGCAAGCGCCGGAGUAGCCCAAAAUGUGGAGGCUCCGGUGGUCAUUGUGACUGGUGCCUCUAGAGGUAUUGGAAGAGCUACUGCAUUGGCCUUGGGCAAAGCUGGUUGCAAGGUUCUUGUUAAUUAUGCUAGAUCAUCAAAGGAGGCUGAGGAAGUUUCCAAAGAGAUUGAAGCAUCUGGUGGACAAGCUCUUACUUUUGGAGGAGAUGUUUCAAAAGAAGCUGAUGUUGAAUUAAUGAUCAAAACAGCAGUAGAUGCUUGGGGAACUGUUGACGUACUAGUAAAUAAUGCAGGAAUCACCAGGGAUGGUUUAUUGAUGAGAAUGAAGAAAACCCAGUGGCAGGAUGUUAUUGAUUUGAAUCUUACUGGUGUAUUUCUCUGUACACAGGCUGCAGCCAAAAUUAUGAUGAAGAAGAAAAAGGGAAGGAUAAUUAAUGUAGCAUCAGUUGUUGGUCUAGUUGGCAAUGCUGGGCAAGCCAAUUACAGUGCUGCAAAAGCAGGAGUAAUUGGCUUCACAAAAGCCGUUGCUAAGGAGUAUUCCAGCAGAAACAUCAACGUUAAUGCUAUUGCCCCGGGCUUUAUUGCAUCUGAUAUGACUGCCAAGCUAGGAGAUGAUAUUGAGAAGAAAAUCUUGGAGACCAUUCCCUUAGGAAGAUAUGGUCAACCGGAAGAAGUUGCGGGGCUAGUGGAAUUUUUGGCACUUGAUCCUGCUGCAAGUUACAUAACCGGACAGGUUCUCACCAUUGAUGGAGGGAUGGUAAUGUAGGCCGACGAUCCUGCCUUCUUCAUCGAGGAGUCUCUGAGCUACCGAUAACAAAACAAUGAGAACGAAAUCACAGACUUCUUCUGGGGUAUGACAUCCUUCAAAAAAUUUGGUUAAAGGUAGUUGUUGCUAAUGAAAGCUUCAGUUUAGAGUGUUAACAAAAUGAAACAAGAGUGGUUUUAAAGUUUGCUUGUGUUGUUUUUUGUCAUUACGAGAAUGAAAGUUAUAGUAAAAUAAUGUACCUCUUUGGAUAUUACCAGAGUACUUUAUGGAAUAAGAGGCCUUUAGUAAAACUUCAUGGUAAGUUCUAUUCAACCUUAAAGAAAUUUUGGCCUUCUAAUAUCA